UUCAUAUGCCUUUGCUUAAACUGCUGCUGCUGUUGCAUCAUCAGUAUUCUUGACCAUCUGCUUAACAAUUUAGCCAAAACCCGAAUUAUUUUCAUAUAAGGUGAUCAUAGAACAGCUCAAGAAGAUGAAAUUUACGAUUCUUCAGUGCCUAUCAGUUCUCAUCUUGCUAGUACUGAAUUCAGGGUCAAAUGCCGAAGUAACAAGGCAAUCUCGGAUGUAUGAUACUUAUCCAACAAUGAUCAUGCACGAAACCUAUCCAAUAGAUAUUCCACCUGACAAUCCAACAGAUGAUCUUCCAACUUUUAAUCCGACUCCUACCACCACACCAACAGCUGCACCUAGUACAAUUCCACCAAACCCACCAAUCACAAAUUCGCCAAAUAUACCAACCAUGAAUCCUACACCAAUGAGUGCAGACGGAGGAGGAGGUGGAGGCGGAGGCAGCAGAGGUGAAGGAGGCACAGGCAGCGGAGGAGGAGGAGCUUGGUGUGUGGCAAACCCAAGUGCUUCAGAAAAGGCUUUACAGGUCGGUUUGGACUAUGCUUGCGGAUUUGGAGGAGCUGACUGCUCCACACUUCAAUCUGGAGCAAGCUGUUUUGAUCCAAACUCGGUGAAAGAUCAUGCUUCUUAUGCCUACAAUGCCUAUUACCAAAAGAAUCCAGCUCCACCCAGCUGUGAUUUUGGAGGAACAGCCCAACUUGUCUACACAGAUCCUAGCUCUGGAAAUUGUCAUUACUCAUCAUCAAAGGCAUCAACAAGCACAACUCCGACAACACAGACAACUCCAACCCCAGUCAUGCAGAUACCACCCACUACAUUCGGUCCACCAACUUCACCAUUUUCAAAUUUUCCAGGACCUCCUUUCAGUGGAGGGUCAGGAUUUGUACCAGAACCAACAGGAAGCCCAAAUAUGGCCGCUUGCAUGUCUCAGCAAUGGCUUCUUGUCUUCAGUUCAACAAGCAUAUUGAUGUACAAUUUUAUAGCAAAUGAUUAAUGAACAGAGGAGGGAGGCGGAUACUUUUUUCAAGUGAGAAGUAGUAUAUACCAGCUUUGCUUCACAAUAGAUGAAAAUGUUAGCCUACACUACUUCACAGAUGACCUUCAACUUUUAUUUGUAGAAUCCUUCGUCAUACAUCUCAUAAUACACCAUUCUUUUUAGUCUAAGCUGCUGGUGUUAUAGGCACACAUUACUACAAUAGUAACUUCUAUUUGUAGAAAUAGAGAUUACCAAUUCAGUAUCAUUCAGAAAUAAACAAUUAGGUUAA